GCUUAGCGUCGAUAUGGAUCCGCCAGUUGCGACAGCACUGACAAGAUGGUGGAUAAGGACAGGAGGAAAAUGAGGAACAAAACACAGCUAAUAUGUAUAGUUGACAGCGUGUAAAUGGCCAUUUUGGGGAUUUUAAGUUAGCCAAAACGAUUACAAGAUCGGAGCGUUUCAUAUCUAUUGAAUUUGGGUUUAUGUUUGCGAGACGCAGGACCAAAUAUGUUGUUUUCUGGCUGCGGGAUGAAGGACCCGUCGGAUACAGGACAUAACGACGUGACAGCCAGUAGUCCGAUAGAUAAUCAGUGAUAUUAGAUCGUGAAUUAACUUUACGGUAAAAAAAAUUAUACAUUGAAACCGUUCACUAGUUCGGUCCAGCUUACGUUGUCAGCUAGUUAUUUGUUUUCCUGGUAGAUUUGUUGUCAUUGUGCAGCUAUUUGUUUUCCUGGUAGAUUUGUUGUCAUUGUGCAGCUAUUUGUUUUCCUGGUAGAUUUGUUUUCCUGGUAGAUUUGUUGUCAUGGUGCAGCUAUUUGUUUUCCUGGUUGAUUUGUUGUCAUGGUGCAGCUAUUUGUUUUCCUGGUAGAUUUGUUGUCAUUGUGCAGCUAUUUGUUUUCCUGGUAGAUUUGUUGUCAUUGUGCAGCUAUUUGUUUUCCUGGUAGAUUUGUUGUCAUUGUGCAGCUAUUUGUUUUCCUGGUAGAUUUGUUGUCAUUGUGCAGUUAUUUGUUUUCCUGGUAGAUUUGUUGUCAUUGUGCAGCUAUUUGUUUUCCUGGUAGAUUUGUUGUCAUUGUGCAGCUAUUUGUUUUCCUGGUUGAUUUGUUGUCAUUGUGCAGCUAUUUGUUUUCCUGGUUGAUUUGUUUUCCUGGUAGAUUUGUUGUCAUUGUGCAGCUAUUUGUUUUCCUGGUUGAUUUGUUGUCACUGUGCAGCUAUUUGUUUUCCUGGUUGAUUUGUUGUCACUGUGCAGCUAGUCAGGGGUAGAUACUAAGUAGCUUGCUAAUACCACAAGAUUUUCGUGGCCGAGUCGACAUGUUUUAACUUUGUACGGCGCUUGUUGGGGAAGGAUUCACAGGACGCAUCGAUAAGGACGCAAGACGCAUUGAUAAGGACGCAUCGAUAAGGACGCAAGACGCAUUGAUAAGGACGCAUCGAUAAGGACGCAAGAUGCAUCGAUAAGGACGCUCGACGCCAUCCCCCGUCGGACCGACCUGCUGCGUUGUGUUAGCUGUUAUAGCUGGUCAGACUGUCGACAGGCGACAUGGCUCACUCUCCGGUUCAGAGUAGCCUGCCAGGGAUGCAGAACCUGAAGGCAGACCCAGAGGAGCUGUUCACUAAGUUGGAGAGGAUCGGUAAAGGCUCGUUUGGUGAGGUGUUUAAAGGAAUAGACAACAGGACUCAGAAGGUGGUGGCCAUUAAGAUCAUUGACCUGGAGGAGGCUGAGGAUGAGAUGGAGGACAUUCAGCAGGAGAUCACUGUGUUGAGUCAGUGUGACAGCCCCUUCAUCACCAAGUACUAUGGAUCAUACCUGAAGGAGGCCAAGCUGUGGAUCAUUAUGGAGUAUCUAGGGGGAGGCUCGGCAUUAGAUCUGUUGGAGCCGGGGUUGCUGGAUGAGACUCAGAUCGCCACCAUCCUCAGAGAGAUUCUGAAGGGUCUGGAAUACCUCCACGGGGAGAAGAAGAUACACAGAGAUAUCAAAGCUGCCAACGUCCUGCUGUCGGAGCGUGGGGAGGUAAAGCUGGCAGACUUUGGGGUGGCAGGACAGCUAACAGACACCCAGCUCAAACGCAGCACCUUCGUUGGCACGCCCUUCUGGAUGGCUCCAGAGGUCAUCAAGCAGUCAGCCUACGACUGUAAGGCAGACAUCUGGUCUCUGGGUAUAACAUGUAUAGAGCUGGCUAAAGGAGAACCCCCGCACUCUGAGCUACACCCGAUGAAAGUGCUGUUCCUUAUCCCAAAGAACACCCCUCCUACCCUGGAGGGGAACUACAGCAAGCCCCUCAAGGAGUUUGUGGAGGCCUGCCUAAACAAGGAGCCAAGCUUCAGGCCCACUGCCAAAGAGCUGUUGAAACACAAGCUGAUUGUGCGUCACGCCAAGAAGACGUCAUACCUGACAGAGCUGGUGGAUAGAUACAGGAGGUGGAAGGCUGAGCAGACCAGACAGCAGGCAGAGUCCGGCUCAGACGAGUCUGACUCGGAGCAGGAUGGGCAGGCGUCGGGCGGGAACAACUUUGGGAGUGAUGACUGGAUCUUCACCAUCAGAGAGAAGGAUCCUAAGAAACUGCAGAACGGGGGAGAGGGACAGGAAGUGGAGAGUGGAGACAUUUCAGGGAGGCUGUUUUCCACCAUCAUCUCUCCUUCUCUGGCCGAAUUGAAGCAGCGCCAGGAGGCAGUGAAUGGGAACCCCAUGGCUCUAGAUGAACUGAGAGAAGCUAUUCUCCUAGCUGAGGAGGCCUACCCUGGGAUCUCUGACUCCCUGGUCACACAGCUGGUUAACAGACUGCAGAGAUUUUCUUCAGGCAGGAAGUCUUCGUGCUCUUCUCCCUAGUUAUUGGCUCUCUGCCCCAGCCCGCCUCUCCCAGGUCCCGCCCCCUGUCUGUGGUCCAGUCAGAGGUUAGAGGUCAGCCUGGAUAACACCAUAGGUGUCCGUCACACAUUCCUGCUGGAGAACCCUGAACACACCCGCCGCUUGGUGAUCAACUCCAAGGCCUCUUUCAGUAACUUGAUAAACCUGUGGAGACCAGAGGGGGCAGUAGAGCCCAGUCACUCUGUUAACACUGCUGGAGAAUUAACCCAAGAGCAAGGAGACACUGCUCAGUAUGGGCCCAGUCUGAUGGAACCAGAGGAGGACCCAUCAGUAUGGACCCAGUCUGUCUGGAGACCAGAGGAGGACCCAUCAGUAUGGACCCAGAGGAGGAGCCAUCAGUAUGGGCCCAGUCUGUCUGGAACCAGAGGAGGACCCAUCAGUAUGGACCCAGUCUGUCUGGAACCAGAGGGGGAGCCAUCAGUAUGGACCCAGUCUGUCUGGAACCAGAGGGAGACCCAUCAGUAUGGACCCAGUCUGACGGAACCAGAGGAGGAGCCAUCAGUAUGGACCCAGUCUGUCUGGAACCAGAGGAGGACCCAUCAGUAUGGACCCAGUCUGUCUGGAACCAGAGGAGGACCCAUCAGUAUGGGCCCAGUCUGUCUGGAGACCAGAGGAGGACCCAUCAGUAUGGGCCCAGUCUGACUGGAGACCAGAGGAGGACCCAUCAGUAUGGGCCCAGUCUGUCUGGAGACCAGAGGGGGCAGUAGAGCCCAGUCACUCUGUUAACACUGCUGGAGAAUUAACCCAAGAGCAAGGAGACACUGCUCCUCAGAGGAGGACCCAUCAGUAUGGACCCAGUCUGUCUGGAGACCAGAGGGAGACCCAUCAGUAUGGACCCAGUCUGUCUGGAGACCAGAGGGGGCAGUAGAGCCCAGUCACUCUGUUAACACUGCUGGAGAAUUAACCCAAGAGCAAGGAGACACUGCUCAGUAUGGGUCCAGUCUGAUGGAACCAGAGGAGGACCCAUCAGUAUGGACCCAGUCUGUCUGGAGACCAGAGGAGGACCCAUCAGUAUGGACCCAGAGGAGGAGCCAUCAGUAUGGGCCCAGUCUGUCUGGAACC